CACCGUCAUUCAAGCCGACCUGACCGCAAAGCUGAGUGUGACCUCGACAGUACACGUGCGCAUCUUCGACGACUAUCGCCUUAGUCAAACACGAUAUAUUUGCCUAGACGGACAGCAGGGUCUCUGACAUGCUUGCUACGUAAUAGUCCAUCUCCGCAACCGUCCGCCGCCGAACAUGUCUAUCCGCGUCCUGAUCAAAGACUACCCACACCGCGCAAUCGCCCUCGCGACGCCCACCCACGCCCUCGUCCUGCGCCACAGCUCAACCUCGACCGAGCACAAUGGGAAUGUUUCCAGUACGUCGCUGGGGAGCAAUGGCUCAGGCGCAGCACGCUGCAUGGUCGAGUUCUCCAAGAUCGAGGAUGUGGACCUGAACGACUACCGGGCGCUCCACUCGGUCAAGGCACACGGCACCCUGGGCCUGAUUACCGUGGAAAGCGAUGUAUUCCUGGUAGUCGUCAACAGCGCCAGCAAGGUCGCGACGGUGCGCCCGGGCGAGACGGUGCAGAAGAUCAACUCGGUCGGCUUCUACUGCCUGACCAGCGCGAGCUACGACACCCUCCUCGACGACGAAGUCAACCCCUACCCGACCGACACGGUGGACGACGAGGGAUACGAAAUGGGAUAUGGGAGGGGCAAGGAACAGGCGAUCCACGAGCAUCCGUGUCUGGCGCUCAAGAAGCUGCUGAGCAGCGGCACCUUCUACUACAGCUGGGACUUUGACCUUACGCGGCGCGUCCAGGAUCGCUCAUUGAAUGCUGCCGCCAUUUCAAUCGACAGCCUUAAUGCUGGCUUCUUGUGGAACUCGUACAUGAUCCAGCCGUUGGUGGACUUUAGGAGCAGACUUGCGCCCAAGGAAAAGGAUGCGCUCGAUGGCUCGGGGAUCCUGACAUCUGCCAUCCGCGGCUUUGCCCUCACUGUUACCGUCCCCACACACUCCUCGCCGAUAAAGUCUCGUGGAACGGGUGUACCAGCCCAUAUGACACUGAUCUCACGGCUGUCUUGCAGGAGGGCUGGAACGAGGUUCAACUCUCGUGGUAUCGACGAUGAUGGAAACGUGGCGAACUUUGUCGAGACAGAAACCGUGUUCUGGGACCCAACUGGAGUCUGCUUCUCGUACGCGCAGGUACGGGGCAGUGUGCCGAUAUUCUGGGAGCAGCAGUCCGGUCUUCUUCCCGGCCAGCAGAAAAUCACCAUCACGAGGUCUCCCGAAGCCACGCAGCCGGCUUUCGACAAGCACUUUGAGAACCUAGAGCUGGGCUAUGGAGCCAUGCACGUAGUCAACCUGCUGAGCAACGAGAAACCAAAUGAGAUGGAACUGUCACACAGAUAUCGAGGGCAUGUCAGGAACAGCCCUCUAAACUACGGAAUCGAGAAGAGCGACCGCGAACACGAACUCCUCAAACUCACCGAAUACGACUUUCACGCUGAGACGAGGGGGCCUGGUGGAUAUGAAAUGGCUAGCAUGAUCUCUCAGUGGAUACAAGGUUCUGCGGAGGGGUUUGCCUACUAUCUUUCCGAAGAGAGGGAGCAGGUUGUUAGGGAGAAUGGGCAAGAACACAUCAUCAGCCGAUCGACAUCAAUAUUACAACAAGAGGGCGUGUUUAGGACGAAUUGCCUGGACUGUCUAGACCGAACGAACCUCGUGCAGACGAUCAUUAGCAAGAUGGCAAUCGAAAUCUUCUUGAGGCACAACGGUCUUACUGGCAGUCAAGACUUCUGGGUCAGGCAUUCGAGUAUGUGGGCAGACAAUGGCGACGCGCUUUCCAGAAUCUACGCUGGUACUGGAGCGCUGAAGUCCUCGUUCACACGGCACGGGAAAAUGUCACUAGCUGGUGCUCUGGCCGACGCCCGAAAGAGCGCGACAAGAAUGUACAUCAACAACUUUGCCGACAAGGGCCGGCAGAACACUAUCGAUAUGCUCCUCGGUCGGCUGAUGGGCCAAAUCCCAGUCCAUCUCUACGACCCAAUCAACGACUUCGUUACUGCCGAGCUCACCAGACGAGCCGUUGAAUUCUCGGAAACGGAGACUAUCAAUAUUCUUGCUGGGACAUUCAACGUGAAUGGCAAGACGCGCGGUCUUAAGGAAGAUCUAUCGCCAUGGCUAUGUCCCAACGUCGAUCCCUCACAACAAUGUCCUGAGAUUGUCGCCGUGGGCUUUCAGGAAAUUGUCGAGCUGAGUCCCCAGCAGAUCAUGUCCACAGACCCGGACCGGCGUCGGAGGUGGGAGGAUGCCGUGAGGGAGUGCCUCAAUAAGAAUGCGGCGAAACAUCAAAGAUCAGAUUAUGUGAUGCUCAGGGGAGGACAGCUUGUCGGUGCGAGCUUGUCCGUCUUUGUGAGGACGGACUGCUUGAAGCAUAUCAAGAAUGUUGAGGGCAGCUUGAAGAAGACUGGCAUGUCUGGUAUGGCGGGAAACAAAGGAGCAGUGGCUAUCCGCAUGGAGUAUGCUAAUACUUCUAUUUGCCUCGUCACUGCACAUCUUGCGGCUGGAUUCGCCAACUAUGAGGAGCGCAAUCGCGACUACAAGACCAUUAGCCACGGUCUGAGAUUUCAGAGAAACAGGUCGAUCGAAGAUCAUGAGACGGUCAUUUGGCUCGGCGACUUCAACUACAGAAUAGGGCUCAGUAACGACAAAGUGCAGAGGUUGUGUUACGAUGGCGACCUCGAGACUCUAUACGACAACGAUCAGCUCAAUCUCCAGAUGGUAGCCGGCCUAACCUUCCCUUACUACUCCGAAGCUCGCAUCACCUUUGCACCUACGUACAAGUACGACAUCGGCACCGACGUAUACGACACUUCUGAAAAAGCACGUAUUCCCGCUUGGUGCGACCGCGUGCUCCGCAAAGGCGACAACAUCCGGCAAAUCCACUACGACUCCGCGCCGCUCAGAUUCUCAGACCAUCGACCAGUAUACGCCACAUUCCAAGUCCUAGUCCAGCGCGUGGACGAGAAGCGAAAAGACACCAUGAAAGCCGAGCUCUACAAGCAACGCCGCGCCUUCGUCGGCGACACCCGAGCCAGCGGGCGCGUCGGCGAAGACGAAACCGACGACGAGGAUCUCCUCGGAUACGAGAGCGUCGAACCCGGCCUCCCCCCCGCCAGCUCCGACCGCCGGAAAUGGUGGCUUGACAACGGUCUCCCCGCGAAAUCCCGCAUCCAACCCCCUUCUAACGACCACUUCCCCAACCCAAACCACCCCAGCAACCCCUUCACUCCCAGCCCAGAACCAGACUGGGUCCAAGUCACCCGCACAGCCGGAACCACCACGAGGCCUGAACUCCCGCCCCCCCGUGGCUCCCAGCGCGCACGCACAGUCGACUUCAACGCCCUCGGCCCCUCCGCCCAGCAACACCCAGGCGGAACACGCAAACUCAUAGCCCCGCAGUACAACCCCCGCGACCCCUCGCAAAUCACCUACUCAGACGGCGCACACGACUCCCUCCAUCGCUCCGCUUCCACAGCAUCCUCGACACGCUCCCUGCCCCACCGUCCCCAGCAACAGCAACAACCACAACCACACGUCCUGCGCAAACCAAUGCCCCCGCCUAUCCCCAGCAAAAAGCCCUCCCUCCACGCUUCCGCCACGCACAGGGAUGAACGCUACCGCGACGACCCCGACCCCCAGUACGAACACGAGCGCAGAGCACACCCGCAGCCCCCGCCUGCGCGCCGCUCCAUGGCCGCCCCGCCUAGUGGGUACGCAUACACACAGCCUCCCUCCUCGUCGGCGGCGCAGAAGCUGAGGAAACCGGUUCCGGUGCCGAAUUUCAUGGAUGAUGGGGGGGAGGAGAAACCUGCGUUGCCGCCUAGGACGGGGACGGGGCUGAGUAGUGGGAGUGGGCGUGGAAGCGGUAGGCCAGGUACGAGGAGUCUGCUGGAUGAUGAGCCUGAGGCGGAGGAUUUGGAGGGGUAUCGGGGGUGGGAGGUGCUUAGACCUGUGCGGUGAGGUGUGGUGGAAGUAUUGGGAGAUAUGAU